AAAAGUUAUAUUUCCUACACUAUAUAUAUUCCAAGAAAAACUAUAUACAUAUCAAUACAACAUAUGUUUUUUCUUCAAAGUCCAAAAUAUGGCUACUUCUAGUACUCUUGAAGAAUCUUUCAAAGAAAACCCUCUGCGCCUUCAACACAUUCUUCCUAUAGAUUUUCAUUCCAUCCAAGAAGUUCCAAACUCUCAUUUAUGGCCUAAUAUCAAUAAUUCCCCAAUUAGUCAUGAUGAAAAAAAACCUACUAUACCAAUAAUUGAUCUUUUAGCCCCUAAUGUUGUGGAACUUAUAGGCCAUGCAUGCAAAACAUGGGGGAUAUUUCAAGUUGUUAAUCAUGGGAUUUCUUUAGAACUUUUUGAUGAAGUUGAAUCUCAGGCAAGACGACUAUUUGCCUUGCCAGCAAAAGAGAAGGUAAAGGUCGUGAGAUCGACUACUGGCGCCACCGGCUAUGGCACAGCUCGAAUUACGCCAUUUUUCUCCAAGUUCAUGUGGCAUGAAGGGUUCACCAUUAUGGAUUCACCACUUGAUCAUGCUAAGGAACUUUGGCCACAUGACUAUAAAAAAUUUUGUGAUGUGAUGGGAGAUUAUCAAAAGAAGAUGAAAGCUCUAUCCUUCCAACUCUGGAUGCUUAUCCUCAAUUACUUACAACCAUCUCAAGAACAUUCAAUUAAGUCAUUUGAAUCUACAGGAGCUUUACAACUGAAUUCAUAUCCAUGUUGCCCUAACCCUAACCAUGCAUUAGGGUUAGCUCCUCACACAGAUUCGUUAUUCCUAACAAUACUCCAUCAAACAAAUAACACAAAGGGUCUUCAAAUCUUGAAAAAAGACCUAGGAUGGACUUCAAUUACUCCAGUUUCCAACGAUGCCCUCAUUGUUAACGUAGGUGAUCUUCUUCAUAUACUCUCCAAUGGAGAAUUUCCAUCGGUUUAUCAUCGAGUUCUAGUGGAUCAAACUAAGCAUAGAGUAUCUCUGGCUUAUUUUUUUGGACCUCAAGUUGAUUCUGUGAUUGUUCCAUUAGUUUCUUCUAAGGAUAAUGUUGGUGUUGUACCAAAAUAUAGAAAUGUGAAGGUGAAAGAGUAUAUUGAUCUCAAGGCUAAACAUAUGGAGAAGGUGUUCUCAAUGAUUAGAUUUUAAUCAUGUCAUAGUAUUUAAGUACGUAGGACUAAGUAAAUUUUUAUUUUAAGGUCUGAUUCCCAUCU